AAAGAUGGCGGCUGCCCUCGAUAGAAAUGGCGCGCGCGGCAUCACCAAUAAUUGGCCGCUUUGAGGAUAUGGAGGUCCUCCCUUUUUUUUUUUCUUCCUACAGAAAGAAGGUGGACGUGUGACGAACAAAGACUGCGACGUCCGGAGGUGGAGGCGGCUGAGAGAGCACCCUGAGGGAUGCCCAAGAAAUUCCAGGGGGAGAACACCAAGUCGGCAGCUGCCCGGGCAAGGAAGGCUGAGGCCAAGGCAGCGGCCGAUGCCAAGCGGCAGAAGGAGCUGGAAGAUGCCUUCUGGAAGGAUGAAGACAAGCACGUGAUGAGGAAAGAGCAGCGGAAGGAGGAGCGCGAGAAGCGCCGUCUGGAGCAGCUCGAGCGGAAGAAAGAGCUUCAGCGCCUGCUGGAAGAGGAAGACGCCAAGAUGAAGGGGAAGUCACCCAAGCCGCUAGUUCCCAAUAAGGUCACCAGAGCCCAGAUCGACGAGUCGCUCCGGAAAGAGCAAAAGGAAAAUGGGGAUGCCGUGGAAAAACAGAAGAGCCACCUUGAGGUGCCCUUGGAGGAGAACAUCAACAGGAGGGUGCUGGAUGAAGACACUGUGGAGGCCCGGACCAUAGAAGAUGCAAUUGCCGUGCUCAGUGUGGCUGAUGAUUUGGACCGCCACCCGGAGCGCCGGAUGAAAGCUGCGUUUGCCACCUUCGAGGAGGAGAACCUGCCUCGCCUCAAGCAGGAGAACCCCAACAUGCGCCUCUCCCAGCUGAAGCAGCUGCUUAAGAAGGAGUGGAUGAAAUCUCCCGAAAACCCCAUGAACCAGAGGCACACUGCCUACAACAGCCAGAAGUGAGACUCCAGAGGGAGGGGGGGCAUCAGGUAUGAGCAGGAGAGAGCCUCCCUGCCCCCUCUUUCUCACCCCCCCCCCCUAUCUUCAAGGACUGCAGAUGGUGCUGGGACAGCCCUCUCCCUCACUUAACUUUUACGGAUUUAAAAGGUGCAACUAUUAUUUCCCUCCCUCUUCCCGAGCCCUUUUGCUUUGUCGGUCGUCUCCCACACCCAGAGUUUUCCAUUUAAUUAAGAGGGGGGGGGGUUGUCUUCACGGGGUUUCUUGGGGUGGAGCGCCCGGCUGAUCACAGCGGCAGUGGAGCCAAACAUGCCCCACUCCACCCUGUGGCACGGAGCAGAUUGUACGGAAAGGAGCAACCUGGUUAGACACUCCUCCCCUGUCCACCUUUGUAUCCAACUUUCCAAAGCUUGGGUGAUCUGAAAAAUCAGGCAGUGCAAACACUACCCUGUGACUCUGCCACCUGCCUUGCUGCGAACAUCCACAACCUCUUCCCUUUUGAAGCAGGGGGGCAUCUCUGUGAAUACCCAAAGCAAGUAGCUUCUGCCACAGUUCCGAUUUCUCACUGAGGUGACCAGCUUGCAUGGGGGGGCCACGCCUAUGCCGAUUGCAGGCUUGCGUGAUUGAAAUUUCCUCUGCGUAAACAAAAAUGAUCCCCUGCAGUUUGGGAAAGCAUUUCAGGGGACGAGCGUGGGCUUGGAGCCCUUUUCCUUGACCUGCUGGGUUUUGGUGGGGAGGAGUUUUGACUGUUCCUCUGUACACGAACAUUCUUUGCGCAUAGAAAGCUAGGAUUCUUUCCCCUGAAUAGCUACCUUCUUAUGUCCAGGGGGAAGGCGUGGAUGGAGCUUCCAGUCCCACAAGCCCACCUAUAGUCUGAAAUGGUCCAGCUCCAAUCCAGAUUAGCUGUCACGGGGAGAACUCCGCUCGAGGGUCGCGAGGAUCUUCCUGCCCUCUUGUUAGUGGGAAUCAGCGUGCCAUUCGAGUAGACCCAGUUCUGACAAAGCUCUUCCAGUUCCCAUCUUUCAUUUCCACAAGUGGGGGAUGCUUUCUUCUGAAGCAAAGAGCAUUCCCCUGCCUUCUUGCUUCGGGUAGGGGCGCCUUGUGGCAGUCUGAAAGGCUAGCA